UAUAAACGAAAUUAAUGGUGCGAAAAUAAAUAAUAUCGGUUGCAAGAUAUUUUGUGAACCAUUGAAUUUUUUACGAUGGCUACGGUAACAUAUUUGCCAGAUGAAAUAAUUGCUACAAUUUUGGAAAAUAAGAAUAUUAGCAUGGAGGAUAUCAUAAAUCUUAAAUCCACAUGUAAGAGAUUGCAGCAUAUAACAUUUAGCACCAAAUUUUGGGAAAAAAAACUUUUUCAGAGAUUUCCCAUGACGAAAAGAAUACAUAAUAAAAAGAGAUUGAAGAAAAACCAUUUGGAAGCAAGUCUAAAAUAUAUCGAAGAACUACGGCGUUAUGUGUCACUAAUGUCUUCUAAUAACAUACAGGAUAUCAAAGAAAUGGAAUUGAAUGGACUUCUGUGUUCCAUAGCUCAACAUUCUACAAUUUAUCGUUUUGUCUUACAUGAUAUAAAUAGAAUUAUUUCUGCACAAUCAUUAUCAUGUCACAAUUGGAAUUGUACAUUUAAAUAUUAUUUCAACCGAAUUUAUCAUUUGUUAAAACAGUAUCGGUUAGCGUACAAGCAAAUCAAAUUUAUACCGAAGCCAAAGGAAAAGCAACCUUUAAAAAAGCAAAUUAUUAUUAUCGCACAACAUUUUCAACCAAGUUUGUACGGAAGAUCAUCAGCUGACACAAUAUUUUUAUAAGGCGAAACCGGUGCGACGAUAUUUCUGGAACAUUGAAAGAAUAAUAGCAAAUACGAAAUCUGAUGUUUGAUCUCUAUAAAUUGAUAAAUUCUUGCACCGAUCCACGAGGGAAGUAUCUUACAAAUGUCGUCGUUUCUUUGCAUACACCUUAUUAUUAAAUUAUAAUCAUAUUUUUUUCUUUUAUUAUUGUCUUCAGUUUUAGCACGCUAAAAAUAUAUUUUAACUUGGAU